AUGAGACUUAAGUUACCAGCUUUAGCAAUGGCCUGUGAUAGAACUGGAAUAUCGGACAGAUCUGCUGCUACGAUUGCAAGUGCAAUACUUCAGGAUGUUGGUAUUAUUUCAGUUGAUACUAAAAAAAAUGUGAUAGAUAGAAUGAAAGUUCGCAGAGAAAGGGAAAAAAAACGUAUAGAUCUACAAAAAGUAAAAAAUAAAAAAUUAUUGGGACUAUAUUUUGAUGGGCGAAAAGAUAAGACUAUGGUAAACCAUAAGGAACUAACUAAAUAUUACAGACAAAUAAUAACUGAAGAACAUAUAUCACUUAUUCAAGAACCAGAAUCUAAAUACAUAGGUCACGCAACACCAACUAACGGUUCUUCUUUACAAAUUAAAAAUAGUAUUAUUAAUUUUUUGGAAACAAAUAAUAUAGUUACUUCAAACAUUGUUGCGAUUGGCUGUGAUGGUACAGUUGUAAACAAAAAACCUAAGUGGCUAACUUGA